AGGAUUUUGCAAGUAACCAAUCAAAACAAAUUAUUUUUUAAAACACCUGCGAGGAGACAUAGAGCUCUCAAAAAGCUAUUUUCUUGUAAUAGUGUUCACCAUGUCUGCCAAAAAUAUCUAUUAUUCUGACAAAUACACUGACGAAGCUUAUGAGUACAGACAUGUGAUGUUACCUAAAGACAUAGCAAAGCUGGUUCCAAAGACACACCUAAUGUCAGAGUCAGAAUGGAGAAGUAUUGGGGUACAGCAAAGUCAAGGCUGGAUUCACUAUAUGAAACAUGACCCAGAACCACACAUCUUACUGUUCCGCCGGCCACUACCUCAGAACUUGCAGUGAUAACACUUUUAUACUUUGACAUUCUGAUUCCAAGAGCAAGUUGUGAUUUACACAUUUCCAUCCAGUUUACAGAAUCUUAUCCGCAUAUGUCAUAAUAUUAUUGUGUAAAUAAUAUGUGUGUAUGUGUUUUGGAAGAUUUGGGUCGGACGACAGAAUUCAGGACAAUAUGGACAAUCAUCAGUGUCUACUGCCAUUUACCAAAAUAUUUUUCUGUUAAUUUGGUCUCUGGUGUUAACGAAGGCUCAUGUUUGUCGAUCGCAUGUAUUUAUUGCCAUGAGAUUUAUUUAAGUAAGUAAUUGCAGUGAACUUUACAGAUAACUUAUCAGAAUUUCUAGAAAUAGUCAGUAUUAAACAUCAAAGUAGAAUGAAAGUUUUGACAAAAGACUUGAUUUAGCUUUAGAUAUUUUUAAAAAUGUGUACAAGCAACUUUUAUUUUCCUGAUUUUUGUCUCUAUAUCCAACAUAUAGAAAUGCUGAUAGGUGUUUUAUUUAAACAAUUACAAGUUAAAUAUCAGUUUUGAUCUCAGUGCUGGUUUAAAUCUAAUACUAGUGAAGAGUUUCAAAGAAUAUUUAUCGCGAUUCUUUUCAGCUGAAUUUCCUUUUUAAGUAAUGUGUGAACCAGAAUGCCUGCUUGGGCCAUUUAUAAAUGGAAUGCAAUGCCUAUUUACAUAAUUUAAGAUAUUAUGUAUUUUGGUAUAUUUGGUAUAUUUCCUUCAGUAACCUGUUGAAGUGAGUAGUGCUGUAAGUUCAAGUUGUAAUGAAAUGGAAAAAGGCAAAACAAGAUGUAUUACAUUGUCACAGUUAUUCAUCUGUUAGUGAAUUUUUACAUGAUUUAGUGCUAUGAUGUAGAAUUUAUUUUCUGUAUUAUUUUUCAUCAAUUUAUAUCUCAUGCAUUUUGUACAAAUUGUAAUAUUAUAGAGUAAUAAUUCUGUGUUUAUGUACCAUGUAAUUGUAUUUCAUACAACAUUAUGUAUUCACAACAUGCAGAUCAUAAGGUUAUAUUUCAGGACUUACCCGUACUUCUGGCAUUAUUGUUUUGACCCAGUUAAAACUUUUAUCAAUAGGCUUGUUGCAUUCAGGUCUGUAGUUGCUUGUUCACUGGAUACAUGUGUAACUUUGUUAUUUUAAGGGACCAAUUUUGAUCGGACCAGUAUAUUUUUAACCUAUUUGCCGGGCAACCAGUGCAGACCAUGAUCAGCAUGUUUGUCUGUGCAGGCUGAUCAUCGGCUCCUCUGGUUGCUAUUCAGUUGGUAAAUUUUCAGUAAUCACCUAUUUGAAUAGUAAGUGGUACGGCCCAAAUUGAAUGAUUGACCAGUCCAUUUUAGAAAUAUAGCAGGAUAAAGAAAGGUUUACUCUGAAAUUGAUCUUUAUGCACUAAUUUUGCAAAAAAAAAUUCUCUAUGCAUGUAUCAUCUGCUUAUCUGUCAAUUUUCUCAUACUUUGUCAUGUGACGUCAGUGUGUCUUCUUUACUUCUGUGUUUCAUCUUAUCUGUAUUUACUCUCCUCUGUAUUUUAUAUGUUUUACUUUUGUAUUCUCUGAAACUGUAAAAUGUUGCAUAAAACAUGUUCACAUAUAAAUAGAACUUGUGAAAAACUGGAACAGGCUUUCUUUCUAAUGGCUGUACCAUGUAUUUUGAGUCAUUUUGAAAAAGAAUAACUUCGCAUUCAUCAAAGUUAUAUACCAUUUUGUUGAUCAUCAUAUAGCCAACAUGAGGUGAAGACAUACUGUCUCAACAUUGCAUUGCAGGUACAUAAUUGAAAAAUGGCGCUAAACCCCAAAAACAAACAAGCAAGCUACAAGUUUUCAUGAAAAAUUAAGUGUUUGGAGUUGUUAUUAAAGACAGAUUUCAAUACAUGAAUUUCAUGCAUGGAAAUAACUGAUUUUUAUGCUCCUUCAAUCAGUCGGUGCCUCACAUAUUUGUCUGGAGUAUAACUUGAAAAGUGUUAAUGGCAUUUGAUUGAAGCUUCACAUGAAUAAUCAUAGAGGCCAUUGAGACAAGUGCAGUGUAAGAAUCAGAACAUUUUCUCCAUUUUAUAUAUAUAUUUAUAUAUAUAUUUUUUUUGCCCCCCAGAGGGAGGCAUAUUAGUUUUCAACUGUCUGUCCGUUCGUUCGUCACAAUGUUAACUUUUUGUAUGAAGGCAAUUUACUCACAAACCACUGCACCCAGGACCUUCAAACUUCACAUGCUGAUAAUACUUAUUGAGUACAUGAUCCCUAUUGACUUUGGAGUCACCAGGUCAAAAGUCAACCCGCCCGCUUAGCUCAGUAGGUAGAGCGUUGGUCUACGGAUCGCGGGGUCGCGAGUUCGAUCCUCGGGCGUGACUAUUUGAUAAACGACA